AACCAGGGACAUUAUCCAGAACAUAUUGAGACGGCACGCUUUUUCUGUGAUCCUUGAAAUGACACGAUGAGGCGUGCGAGGAUUUCUCCACGACUCCACGAUUGAUUCGAUUUCUUUCUCCGCCCGAGAGCGACCGACAUGCCGCACGCGCGAACCAGGAACCCGAGCCCCAUCCCGGAGGUAACGUGGGACACAGGGCACAAGGAGAUGAACGAGACGUGGAAGGGGGCAGUGGCGUGUCUCGGCGUGGCCGUGUUCUUCGUGAUGACCAUCGGCAUCAUUUACUGGCAAGUGGUGGACCAGCCCAACAAGAACUGGAUCCUGAAGGGUAGCUUCAGCGGGCUGGUAUGGGAGCGCAGAGCGCAUUCGCUUGUGGUGCAGACGCUCACUGAGGACAAGACGUUCGUGCAGAUCGACCUAGGACACGCGGGCGGCGCUGAGGCUGAUGCGCCGUUCGUGCGCAACCUUUGUUGGCUUAACAAGACCGAGUUCUGCUACACGUGGGACUCGGUGGCCGACGUGAGGAUUUCUCUGGAGGUCGGCGAAGAGGCCGGGACAGAGUGCUACACCGUGACCUGGACCCCGGUGCACUGCCAUGUGGAGCUCAAGGACUGCUUCUCUAUGGAUAAUGUAUCAUGGUACGGUGGGGCCAGUGUCCAAGCACUGCGGUGGCCAAUAAAUGAUGUGGAUAUUUCAAUGCAGCCUUUCACUGUCAGUGACCUGAGGGACAACCCCUCUGGCUUUGGUUCAGUCCUAGAGCGCUACUUCCUGGGCUCGUCAGGUGUAGCAGUACUGGUGGCCCCACACAUCCCGCUGCAUGUAGGGGUAGAAAGCAGGCAUCAGUUCUGUCUCCAGACAACACCCAGUAUGGCACGACUGCCCCUGCAGUACUCUGUCUGUGUGGGAGAGAACGUCAAAGCCGUUUACCAAGAGUCAAUACAGCAGCUCUCCAUGCCCUAUCGAGAACUUCCCAGCAUGAAUGUCUUACAACUGCCUUUCUGGAAACUUCCAGCAAGUGUGGAUUCAGGGGCGAAGAUAGAAAGGGAGUUGAGAACCUUCUCUAACCGGCUGAAGAGGCACCACCUAGGGGAAGGGGUCAUCAGCCUGGAUGAACAUUCCACAUCUCUCCUCUCCAACAUGGACCAUGAAUACCACAAUGGCAGGAGAAGGACAUCUAAGAGACAGAGCAGAGACCUCCCUUUUGUGAAGCUUCUGAACAUUUCUGUAACCCUGUCCCCAUAUUUAAGCCUGGACUCAUGGCAGUUUCAGACCUCCAUACAAGACAGAAUGCAGGAUUACUGGCUUGGCUUGCCCACCGGCCCACAGGCUCACUUGAUUCCAUUAUUAACUCAAUGGAAAGGAAAAUACUGUGUCAAGCUGAACAUCACAAAUCCAGAAGCCACCAACUGGUUCUUGGAGAGAGUGAGCAGCCUGCACAGUCGCUUGGGCAUGGAGUAUGUGAUGCUAGAGGGUGGGGAGGGAAACCCAGUUGAACAGAAGUCUAUGUGGCAUUCUUCUGUCCUCACAGGAGAUGAAUACAUCAGGCUCCUGGCAGACCUCGCUGGGAGUAUAGGAGGGAAUACUAUUGUUAGCGCAGGGACAAGGUCCAGCCAUAAGCCUUUGUUCAUCCGUAUGAGUGCACUGCAGUCAGACUGGAGCUAUGCUGGCCUUAAGGGUAUCAUUCCAUCCCUGUUGCAUUACAGCCUGCUGGGCUAUAAUUUCUUCAUUCCUGAUGCAGUAGGAGGCUCUUUAUCCAUUGAGCUGGUCACAGAUGAUGAACUCUUUAUUCGUUGGCUGGAGAUUGUGGCCUUUCUUCCUGUGCUCAGUUUUCAGACACCUCCAUGGGCAUCUGGAGUAGACAAGGUCCUUAACCUAACCAGAAUCUACAUCACUAUGCGCCAGGAGUUUGUAGUGCCUCUGAUUGUGAAAUAUGCCCAGGAGUGGCAAGUCACUGGAAACCCCAUCUACCGCCCACUGUGGUGGAUCAGUCCAAAUGAUCCAGUCACAUUCACUAUUGAUGAUGAAUAUCUGAUUGGAGAUGAGGUACUUGUUGCUCCAGUGACAGAAAAAGGAGCUUUGCAGAGAGACAUUUAUCUGCCAGGGAGCAACUUUCAAUGGCAAGACACCAACAAUGCUAAAGUGUUUGAUGGCGGGACGCUCCUACAAAGUUACCAAGUGGGGCUUGAGGAGGUGCCUGUAUUCAUCCGAAAGACCUCCUGAGGCCAACUGUCUGACUAUCACAAGGCCGAUUUUCUAUUUUUUGCUUUUUAUUUUUCAGUUGUGCUGAUCUCGAGUUGCACUUUCCACAAAGACCAUUUUCUGUGUUCUAAGGCACAGUCUUGAGAUUAUGUACAAGAUCAUUUUUUAUUUGCACUUUACAAAUGAAAGUUAUUUAUAUCAUCUAGAAAAUAUUGAAAUCAUGUGGUUUCAUUUAUCUGCUAGAUUUAUUUGUGCUAAUCCAAUGUUUUCUAAAUUUUGUUUUUUUUGAAGAACUGUGGUUUACAUUUGAUAAAUACUCACAGCCUUAAAAGUUGAUCUUCUUCCAUCGGCCAUAACGUGGAGUGGAGCAUCAAGUGCUUAAUUCACUUAAAAUAAUCUUUUGAGAGAAAAAAAGACCAAACAAUCAGUGAAAACAUACUUCUUGCUGAGGAAUAAACUGUAAGGAAGGAACCUCACACUGACACCAGAGUGGACACGUCGUCGAAAGUCUCUUAAUUUCACGGAGCAGGCUUUUCACUCAAACAUUGCUGGAUAUUUUGCUAUUCUACCUGUACCUCAAGUUUAUUGUUAUAUUUGUUA